AUGCUUGACCCAAUCCAGAGGAUGAUGGGUGCGGUGGCCCGUACGGCUGCACUCAAACCCAUCCAUUUCCUCGUCAUUACCCUGCUUGUUGCCCUGGUAGCAUAUCUCCAGGUGGUUCAAGAUUACAUCCCCGCUAAAUAUCUGGCGCCUGGUUCCGCCGAAUACUAUUACCACCCUCCGGGGCAAAAGCUGGCGUGGCAAGAAGUAUCGAGCCCUCUUGACUACCCUGAUGCUGAACAAUAUGUUGUCAUUCCCCUUCGUUUUGUCAAAUGUCCUGUUCCCGACGUGCCACUGCUGAAGGAAAUUCUGCCAUUUGAACGUGUGUUGGUGGUCCCUGCUGAUCAAUACAACGAGACUGAAUACAACCUGUUCACCGUUGAUGAUAUCGUGGUGUCGGCUCGCCAUCCCAACCGAAUUUCAAAGUACUGGGAGUAUGGUCGUCAUGCUAUUUACGAAGCGCGUAAGCUCAUUGCGAGUGCUGAAUCGUUCGAUGUUGCUCUUGUUGUUGUAGCAUACUUAGCCAUGUGGUAUACUAUCAUCAAGGUGUUCUUCGACAUGAAGCAAGUGGGACUGACUUUCUGGGUGGCUUUUUCGACGAUCGUUCUGGGUGUGUUUGCAUUUUUGUUUGCGUUGUAUACUCUGUCCCUGGUGCUUGAUUGUAAGGUCCCUCCCGUUCUGAUCGCCGAAGGUAUCCCUUUCCUCGUGGCCACCGUUGGCUUCAAGCACAAGCUGCUGAUUGCGCAAGCGAUUAUGCGCCAAGUACUGUCGCCUGCCCCUGUCAGUCAAAUUGUGUCGAAAGCUUUCGCCCUGCACUCGAUCUCGCUUCUUCGCGACACUUUAGUCGUGAUUGGGGCCCUUGGUGCGAUUGCUGCCUAUGCCCCCCAUCUCGAAGGUUUACGCAACUUUUGCGUGUUAUCGGCACUUAUCUUGGUGUUCGACCUCGUUCUUGUCUACACAUUUUUGGCAGCCAUUCUUGCUCUUAAGAUUGAAAUCAGACGUGCCCAUCGCACUCAAGAUUUGAAGGAAGCGUUGGAAGAGGAAGGCAUUGACUCGUUGAUGGCGCGGCAGUUGGCUCUGGCCGAUUCUUCUGGGGCAUCUACAGAUCUGUCUCUCUUCGAUAAUGAUGACAACACUGUGAUUUCUUUUAAGGUUGCAAUGAUUGCUCUGUUCAUUGCCAUUCACGCCUUAUACCUUGGCUCGCUGUGGUUGUAUCAACUGCGCGAUGCUCAACCGAUCCGCUUCGUCACAUCUGAAACGACUGAAGCUGCGUCUACUCUUAUGAAAUUUGGUCGUCAUGGAGCUGUUGCCCGGGUGAUGCCCACUCAGGUUUAUACUACUGGUGGCACCUUGAUCGCUAUUGAAGAUUUCAUUUUGACUGUUAUUUCGGGUAUCUCUCUGGCCAUUAAGGACCUGUUCAUUUCAAAGUCGCUCUUGUUUGGGUUUAUCGUGUCUCUUUGCAUCAACGCUUACCUUCUCAAUGCUCUGCGUCAUCUGGCUCGUACUACCCUGAUGUUGAUGAAGCGCACCUUGUCAUCUCCUAAAGCAGUUCCGUCUGUGACCCCCAAGACGCCAGCACCCUCGAAGAAGUCAACCACUGUCGCUAACAAAACUUCUUCUGCUUCCGAAGCUAUUACGUCCACUGAGUCUUCUCGUACGCUCGAUGAUUGUGUCUCCAUAAUGAAGGAAGGCAACGUUCGUUCUCUUGCUGAUUCUGAGGUUGCCGCACUUGUCCUGAAUGGCAAGCUUCCAUUGUAUGCCCUUGAAAAGCAAUUGGGUGACAACUUGCGGGCUGUGGUUGUGCGUCGCAAGGCUAUGGCCCAAAUUGCCAAUGCUCCCAUCCUUGAUACUGAUUCUUUGCCCUAUGCUGACUAUGACUACGAUAGAGUUUUUGGUGCCUGUUGCGAGAACGUCAUCGGAUUUAUGCCUCUUCCGGUGGGUGUGGCUGGUCCAUUGAUUAUUGAUGACACCUCUUAUUACAUCCCUAUGGCAACCACCGAAGGAUGCCUUGUCGCGCUGACAAUGCGUGGUUGCAAAGCUAUCAACGCUGGUGGUGGCGUCACAACUGUUUUGACGCAGGAUGGCAUGACUCGUGGUCCUUGUGUUCGCUUCCCUAACUUGAAACGAGCUGGUGCUGCGAAGCUUUGGUUGGACUCUGAUGAAGGGCAAGAAGCAAUCAAGAAAGCGUUUAAUUCGACGUCCAGAUUUGCUCGUUUACAACAUAUCAAGACUGCUAUUGCUGGUGAUUUAUUGUUUAUUCGUUUCCGUACCACCACUGGUGAUGCCAUGGGCAUGAACAUGAUCUCAAAGGGUGUUGAACACUCCCUCAAGGCUAUGACCACCGAGUUCGGAUGGGAUGAUAUGGAAGUGAUUUCAGUGCUGGGUAACUAUUGCACUGAUAAGAAACCCGCUGCGAUUAACUGGAUCGAGGGAAGAGGCAAGCUGAUUGUUGCUGAAGCAAUCAUCCCUGCCGCUGCCGUCCAAAAGGUUCUUAAAUCCGACGUGGAUGCCCUUGUCGAAUUGAAUAUCUCCAAGAAUCUUGUUGGGUCAGCAAUGGCCGGUUCAGUCGGUGGAUUUAAUGCCCAUGCUGCUAAUUUGGUCACGGCUGUAUUUUUGGCAUGCGGUCAAGAUCCAGCUCAAAACGUUGAGUCUUCUAAUUGUAUCACUUUGAUGCGCAAGGUUGGCGAGGAUCUUCACAUUUCCGUGCUGAUGCCGUCAAUUGAAGUUGGUACCAUUGGUGGGGGCACCAUUCUUGAGCCUCAAGGCGCUAUGCUCGAGAUGUUAGGUGUUAGAGGGCCUCAUCCUACGAAUCCUGGUGACAACGCUCGACAGCUUGCCAAGAUUGUGGCGCUGACUGUGUUAGCGGCCGAGUUGUCUCUUUGUCUGGCAUUAGCCGCAGGUCAUUUGGUGCAAUCCCACAUGCAACACAACAGAAAAGGUGCUGCUGCUGCUCCAGCUCAGGCAGCCGCGCUGGAGGCUGAUAUCAAGAGAUUGACAGAGGGCUCCGUAACGUGCAUAAAGAGCUAA